UCACGCUCCAACGAAAUCCGGUUCCGAAACAGCGUAGAAAUGGGGUCUCGUUCAGCGGACCUUGUGCCGGCGAACGAACUCAAAUCGGAACGAGUUUCGCGCUCUGCGCUCGUUCGCUUUUCGGCCAGCAUUUGGCUACAUGGAUUUUUAAUUGUUCUCGAGUGACAUUUUUGGGAAAAAACAAAAUUUGCGUCCGAUCAAGCCGGUCCGGUAAAGUUGCUGCUCCUAAUCGAUUUUUUGUGCCGGAUAAUCAGAAAGCUCGCAGGAUGAGCGAGGGACUAACCGACCGGGAAGCCAAGGAGCUGCUGAAGCUGCCCGAUGCUGAAACUAAGAACUUUCUGUUCCAGCAAACGAUGUAUCGCAUCAAGGAUCCACGGGCAUCGUUGCCGUUUUACAACGAGGUGCUCGGCAUGAGCCUACUGUGCAAGCUGGACUUUGCCGAAGCCAAGUUCUCGCUGUACUUCAUGGGCUACGAGGACAUCGCUAACCAGCCAACGGAUCGCAAAGAAUGCAUACAGUGGGCGAUGAGCCGUAAGGCCACUCUGGAGUUGACUCACAACUGGGGCACGGAGAAUGAUCCGGAGUUUAAGUACCACAACGGCAAUUCGGAUCCACGCGGUUAUGGCCACAUCGGUAUCAUGGUUCCCGACGUAAAGAAGGCCUGCGAACGGUUCGAUCGCCUUGGGGUGGAAUACAUCAAGAAACCGGACGAAGGGCGCAUGAAGGGUUUGGCGUUCAUCAAAGAUCCGGACGGUUAUUGGAUUGAAAUCUUUAACGCUUCCACCGUACCUGCUCACUAAUGUGCUGGUGCAUUCGGUGUAUGUGUGCCUUUUGUUGAACACAAUGGAACACUCGUCUACGUUGCAAACGAAUUGAGCGAGUUGUAUUAAAAUCAAUACGGGAUACGUUAAUAAAUGGGAAAUUGUUUUACAUACAGUAAAGCGUUUGGCGA